AUGCAGAACCUGCCCCCUACUAAUGUGAACUGGGCUCCGCCCCCUGGAAUGCCGCCGCUGCCAGCCGGCUGGAUUGCAGAAUGGGACGCCAACUACAACGCAUGGUACGCUCCAGUCUUCUAUUCUGUCUGUCUUGUACUGGCUCCCGCUGACCGGCCUCAGACAACCCCUGUUUUAUCCCCUCAUGAGUCGCCAAACCUGUCGCAAUAUGACCAGGAUGCCGAGCUUGCCGCGAGGUUACAGGCUGAGGAAAACUCUCACACACCGAGUGGCAAUCACAGCCAAAACCACUCGCUAGAAAGCGACGCGGCCCUGGCCUUGAGACUCCAAAAUGAAUCAGAAAACAACGAUGCUGCUCUAGCAGCCCGACUCCAGAAUCAAUCACUAGAGAACGACGCAGCUCUGGCGGCCAGCCUGCAAAACGGGACCUAUGAAAGCGACGCGGCCCUUGCGGCCAGGCUUCAGAAUGGGACGAUGGAGAGCGACGCUGAUCUGGCUGCAAGGCUGCAAGGCGGGACGAUAGACAGCGAUGCUGCUAUGGCGGCUAGAUUGCAAGCAGAGGAGGACGCACGGAACAGCUCAAGACCACCCGGUCAUCAUGGCGGACGCGAGUCACGACAAGAGUAUCACGGUUAUUACGGCCCAGACGAUGAAAUUCGCCCCGAGCUUCCAGCUCGCCCGCAGUCUGGUGGGAACAUGCUCGACAAGCUCACCAACAAACUCAACUCUCACGCCUCUGCCAGCGGUCAGCCCAACAAGUACCCAGCGCCUUCAGGCCCUCCUCCCAAGAAGGUGAGGUGGGGGAACGCGGAGGCACACCUCGGUGCCUUAAGUGGGAUGGUGAAGGAUCGGCUAAAAAAUAAGAAUAAAGAAGGGCGUCACGAUUGA